AUGGCCUCCCCUUUGCAGCGCUUUGAAAUCCAGGGAGCAACGGAAGACUGGAGCAUGGUCGAGGCUGCUCUGCUUGACAGCCAUGACUGGGCGGCCAGCAUGAUCACAAUCAAGGAUUCUGUCCUCUUGAACGAUAAUGGAUCAGCCCGUCCAUUGAUUUUUCGAAAACGGUUCUUCUUACCCUCCAACAGGACAAUCAAAAUGGCCCGACUAUAUGCCACCAGCCAUGGAGUCUACUUUGCACGUCUCAAUAACAAGUCAACCGGAGACGAAUGUAUGGCACCAGGUUGGCAGAGUUAUAACAAGCGUCUCCACUAUCAAGUUCAUGAUGUUGGGAGCCUCCUUCUGCCUGGUGUUGAAAACGUCCUUCUGCUCGAUGUGGGACCUGGGUGGUUCGCAUCAGCCUUGUCCUGGGUCUGUCGAAGAUUUGUUUACGGCACCGAGCUUGGGAUUCUGGCACAACUAGAAGUGCAAUUCGACGGAACUGAUGAGCCGUUCAUUGUCUGUACUGACUCUUCCUGGACGGCCACCACUUCAGCUAUUCUGAGUAGUGAGAUCUACAAUGGGGAAGUCUAUAACCAGCAACGAGCCAUAGAGAUAGGUCGGGCACAUGAUGAGCUGUCCCUGGUCACAUGGAGUGAGACAAGAGUCUCAAACAUCGCUGUUGCACCUCUGACCUCGCCCAACGGGCCACCAGUACGAGUAACGGAACGCCUUCGACCGAAGUCAUUUUCGAAAUCUGCAUCUGGUAAAACCAUCAUUGAUUUCGGACAAAAUAUCGCCGGUCGACUGUGCAUCAGGCGUCUCCUCAAGCCUGCGGGACACAAAGUCACAUUCCGCCACGCAGAAGUAGUUGAAAACGACGAGCUGGGCACAGGUCCGUUGCGCACAGCGGAAGCGAAAGACACAGUGAUAUGUGCAGGAACAGUCUUGACAGACUGGCACCCCAACUUCACGUUUCAUGGGUUUCGAUUCGUCGAAGUAUCGGGUUGGUCUGAACACGACGCUGAGACGCCCUUGACCAAGGACAGUGUCGUUGCGGAAGUGAUGCAUUCUGACAUGCGAAGAACGGGUUGGUUCUCCUGCUCCAAUGAUGAGGUUAAUCAACUACACAAAAACACGGUGUGGAGUAUGAGGGGGAACUUCCUCAGCGUACCGACUGAAUGUCCUUCUAGAGAUGAGAGACUGGGAUGGACAGGUGAUUUGAAUCUCUUUGCACCAACUGCCACCUUUCUCUAUGAUACUGGAGGGAUUCUGGGAGAUUGGCUACAGGAUUUGUAUGCCGAUCAAAUGGACAACCACAAGAACUGGAAGCAAGGAAUGGUACCGCUCUAUGUCCCAAAUUGUCUGACAGGACUUGGCCCUGAAGAUGACGGCUGGCAUCACAUGCAGAAUGGAGUUUGGGGGGACGCCGCAGUCAUGGUACCAUUCCAGCUCUACAUGAUGACAAAAGAUAUCAAUAUUCUGUCGCGUCAAUAUGAUAGCAUGAAGCAGUACCUUGAAAAGGGUGUCCGGCGCGGUGAAGAUGGUCUUUGGGAUCCCUAUCAAUGGCAGUUUGGCGACUGGUUGGACCCCUCUGCGCCGCCCAAUAACUCGGGAAGAGGUCGGACAGAUGGUACCUUUGUCGCAGACUGUUUCCUGAUUGAGUCGACGGAGAGAAUGGCCUUCAUCGCCGAAGAGCUUCAGAAAUCGGACGAUUUUUCUGACUUUAGUGCUGCUCACUCCCAGCUAUUAAUGGCUUUUCAAGCGAAAUAUGUGACACCAGCAGGACUUCUGGCCCCUGACACGCCCACAGCACAUGCGCUCGCCAUCGCCUUUGACCUCUUGCCUUCCGACGAGAGAUCUCAUUUCGUGGCCAGUGAACAAGCAACAGCCGCGCGCCUCUCCCGUGCCCUUCGCUCUGACGACUUCUGCAUCUCAACCGGCUUUGUCGGCACCGCCUUUCUGCUCCCCAGCCUCACAAAGUCCUACCAGGACACGCUGGCUUACCAAAUGCUUCUUUCACGAUCCACUCCCUCAUUGCUCUAUCCAGUCCGCAUGGGCGCAACGACAAUAUGGGAGCGUUGGGAUAGUCUUAAGCCUGAUGGCCAUAUCAACGAAGCCAGCAUGACAAGUUUUAAUCAUCACGCGCUGGGGUCUGUCACAAGUUGGUUGCACGAGAGCGUUGGUGGGAUCAAGGCCGACAGGCCUGGUUGGAAAAACAUCCUGAUUGAGCCGUGCGUUAAUCGGAUGCUCUCGUAUGCUGAAAUCAUCUACGAGUCUGUCUAUGGACGCAUAGAAUGUCGCUGGAAGCUGGAUGGCAACACAUUCAGCAUGGACGUUACGGUGCCCCCAAACGCUCACGCCUGCAUUGUUUUGCCUGAAGUGCGUGAUAAACGAGCUCAAGGUUUGGAAGUUGAUGGUUACUGGGAAAUCCGCCAACUCCACAAGAAACACAAAAUCAAGAUUGUGGAUUUGAACCGCUUCCGUUCCUUGGGUAGGUCGUCGGAGUCAAGAAAGGCGCAAAAAGAACAGUCGCGCGUCUUUCCUCAGCCGCUUACAUCUUUCGACCAACUGCGUGCGACUUAUGAAAUCAACGCGACUCUGGCACGAAACAUAUCAGACCAGGCAUAUUUCGAGCCGACCGAGGUUCAAAUCGCCACCCUUCCACUGCUAUUAGAGGGUUUGGAUGAACAACGAAAUGCCGAGCCUGAUCUCUUGACCAUUGCGCCAACAGGAAGCGGCAAAACUCUUGCUUUCCUUAUUCCAUUAAUCGAGAAGAUUUCGAGGGCUCAUCGACACUCUGGGCCCACUGUUGACAGACAUAUUCGUGCCAUCAUUCUGGCUCCUACAAAGGAAUUGGUCUUCCAGAUAGUCAACGAGGGGAGGAAAUUGACAACCAAGACGGGUGUGACGAUUACAGCAGCAAAGAAAGGGAUGAGACUUUUUGAAGAAUUAGCACCUUCAAGUGCAGAGGAGUCUGAAGAAGAGGCAGAGGCGGAUCAAAGUGAGGAUGAAAGCGGACCUGUCAUGCGCUCGGCUCUCGUCAAGACCGACAUUCUUGUCUCAACACCACUCAGCCUCGUACAUCUUCUUUGUCCAUCUUGGGAAGAAGACGGAGACUCAUCUCCGCAAUCUUUACCCGAAGUUGAAACCCUGAUAUUUGAUGAGGCAGAUGUUCUUCUUGAUCCGCUCUUCCGAUCUCAAACGCUUGCUGUUUGGUCUGCAUGCACUUCACCUUCAUUGAGGGUGAGCAUGUGGUCGGCAACCAUUGGAGCUAGUAUCGAGGAGCUCGCGGUACAGACCAUUUCGGACCGCCAAAGAAACCUCGAACUGUCUCGGAGUCAAUAUCCAUUACUGAUUCGGACCAUUAUCGGCUUGAAAGAUACGAGCUUGCCAACAAUUUCACAUCGACUGGUAUACACCGCGACAGAAUCCGGAAAGCUCCUCGGCAUGCGUCAACUACUUCAUCCAGCACGGUCGAUAUCGACUUCGAAACGCCAAGGCACCGACACUGCGCCUCCCCGCCCACCAUUUCUGGUCUUCACACAGACGGUCGACCGCGCGCAAGCAUUGUACAACGAACUUCAAUAUGACAUUCCAGCCCAGGCGGGUGGUUCAUCCCGAGUGGCAGUACUCCAUGCUUCUCUGUCACAGCGUGCCCGGGCAUCUGUCAUGGAAGGGUUUCGGCAAGGGAAAAUAUGGGUCUUGAUCACUACGGACCUUCUGUCGCGUGGUGUGGAUUUUCGAGGAGUCAACGUGGUCGUAAACUACGAUAUCCCGACCACUGUUGCCGGGUAUGUGCAUCGCGCAGGAAGGACGGGGAGAGGUGGGAGAGAAGGAGGUGUCUGUGUCAGCUUCUACACCAAAGAGGAUAUUCAAUACGUGAAGGGCAUAGCGAACGUGAUUGCUGCCAGUCAGAAGACCAACAAGGACUCGCACGAGGCCGAAAAUAAGGAGCUGGCUUCAUCCACGACUUCGGGAAUUCAGCCUUGGUUACUUCACGCUCUACCUAGCGUCUCUAAGUCAGCAAGGAAGGACCUCAGAUUGCAUGGUGUCAAGGCCCGUCGCGCUAUUCAUGCCGAUGAUGACGAGAAAACCAAAAGGAUGAAGCGAAAGGCCAGGAUUGGAACACAGAGCGGUUACGAGAGAAGGGAAACGAACCGCAAGCGGGACGCUGUCAAAGAAAGUCUACGAGCAAAGAGGCAGGUGCACAGUCCGCAGGAGAAGGGAGAAUGGGCAGGCUUUGAGUGA